AUGGAUUUGAAUAAUAUCUUGUCGCAGCUUGAAACUGCCAACGAAGAGGAAAUCGAGAAGCUUCUGCAGCAGUAUAAUGGAGAGAACAGUCACACCUUCACUUUUGACCAAAAGGAAGAAGCCCUGCGGAGUAAGCUGUGUCAGAGUCUGUUGUCAGUACUUCGGAGGCAGGUGCAGCCCAGCUGUCAGAGGACAUGUCUGGAAACUCUCCGCAUCCUGUCCAGAGACAAGCGUGUCCUCGCACCAGUAGCCACCAGGGAAGGCAUGCUGACCCUGGGGGGGAUGGCGAGGCUGCAUGCUGGAGAGGAAGGGGGGGACAAGCAGAAAAGCUCUCAGGAAGACAAACAGUCAGAGGAGGAGGAGAGGGUGGUGGUGGAGGCCUUGAAGUGCCUAUGCAAUGUGGUGUACAACAGUCCUGCAGCUCAGCAGGUUAGUGUAGAUGUGCAGCUGGCUCAUGGCCUGUGUGCCUGCCUGCGUACGGCCCGCACAUGGAACCACGAGGUGGGCCUAUUCACGCUGCGCCUUCUCUUCCUGCUGUCUGCCCUGCGGCCGGAUGUUAGAGGGGUUUCGAGGAGAGAAUGGCAUGCAGUGAGGCUACUGACAGAGGUCCUGGAGCGCACCCUGGAUGUGCGCUGGGUAGGCCCCUAUGAAGCUGCCCGUCCAGAUCCACAGGCCCUGCCCAUGCCUGCAGAGGACAAUGAGCGCGCAAUGGAAGCACUCAAGGCCUUGUUCAACCUCACACUGUCUGAUGCUGGUGGUGAGGAGGAUGACCACCAGUUCCGGCUAAUCGCUGCCAUCCUGCGUCAUCAGUUGAUGCUGAAGACUGAGACAGAGGAGAAAACAGAGGAAGCACACAGCCAUGCUGUCAACUUGCUUAACAACCUGCCUGUGUCCUGCCUGGAUGUGUUAAUCGACGUGCCUGUCAAGGGAGGACUUGAGAAAUAUGGUGGGAAAAACAUGGAAGCAGUCCAGAUGUUACUAGAUUUCAUGGAGAAAAGGAUUGACAAGCAGGGCUCCAACUACAAGGAGGGGCUCACUCCGGUGCUCAGCCUUUUGACUGAAGGAUCCAGAUACCAUAGAGAGAUCCGCAGAUAUAUCAAAGCUCAGGUACUUCCCCCACUGAAAGAUGUGAAGAUCAGGCCAGAGAUCGGCACCACCAUCAGAAACAAGUUGGUUCGCCUUAUGACUCAUGUCGACAUGGGCGUGAAACAGACGGCAGCAGAGUUUCUCUUCGUUCUCUGCAAAGAGAGCGUGGACAACCUGUUGAAGUACACAGGAUAUGGAAACGCGGCAGGACUCCUGGUGGCUCGAGGACUUCUUGCAGGAGGGAGAGGAGAGACUCAGUACUCUGAAGAUGAAGACUCAGACACAGAGGAAUAUAAGUCUGCCAAACCCUUCAUCAACCCCAUCACUGGUCACGUGGAGGAGCCGAUGCCGAACCCCAUCGAAGAGAUGACAGAGGAGCAGAAAGAGUAUGAAGCCCAGAAGCUGGUCAAUAUGUUUGACAAAUUGUCAAGGCAGAACGUGAUUCGGCCCAUGGGCGUAAGGCCGGACGGGACGUUAGCACCUCUGGAAGAAACUCUCUGUGAUCCACCUGAGGACAACUCAGGAUCAGACUCUGACUAGUGGUCUGCACAUUGAGGCCACAUUUUCCAGACUAAGCCCACCAGGCCCCAACACAUUUAAAGCUGUGUCACAUUUCAAGGGCUGGAUUCUUUGAAGGAUGGUACCCGUGGAGGUAGGUCCUGCAGAGGAGCUAAAAGCUGAACCUGAAAUCUAAAAGAGAAAGUGUAAAAGUGUACAGUCACAGAAACAGUGUUAAGCCAUCUCCCAAAAAAAAAAAAAAAAAACUUUACAGGUGCUGGAUCAGACAACACAUCCGUAUCCCUGAGAGCUCCCUAUAAAUUAGUCGAAUUAAAUUGAUUGGCAGCCACCAGUAGUGUGGAUGUUGUCUAACUUCUACUCAGACAGAAACCCAGUGGAUUUUAGGCUCCUCUUUUAAACUCGUUAAGUCUAGUUUACCAGUAGGAAGUUGCCCUAACUUGGCUGACCAGAGUUAACAUUAAAAGUUAUAAUGUUAAUGGUAAAUACACUAUAUCCUUCUAACUUCCACUCAUCUGUAAGUUUAUGCCUGACAUCUGUUAUAUACAUCUUGCUGUUUAAAUGAUUUAUGUACUUUGUUGUACUUCAACUGACAUUUACCACUGACUAAUGACCACUCGAAUGACAAUACACUAUCAUGUAAACAUGACAUGGUUUAACUUAUCACAUCAUCAAACAAUUGGGCAGCAUGCAGUGGAUUGUGGGAUACUCAGGGCUGCAAAGAACACACUCCAGAAAAGGAACUCUUGCUUUCUCGGCUUCAUUCAGAGUAUCCUUUGAAAUGGUACAGGUCUUGUUAGCCUGUUAUGAGGUAUUCAGUCUAUAAAUGCAACUUCUGAUGAUCCAGCCCUGAAGUGGGACACAGCUCAACAUUUCACAGGAGACUGUAGGUGCCCUGUCGGCGCCAUAAGCCAUUCUCCAAAGUGGAAGUGGAAUUGAUGUAUGAUGCCACAUAAUGUAUAGGAGGCCUCCUGGGUUACCGUUGCACCUUCAUCAUUUAUUUUAUUGCUCCCUAAGUUGAGAGGAUAGAGGUAAUGACAGAAGUUUUGCUGGAUCAUGUGUUUCUCAUCGAAAACACUGUUGUUGUUGUUAAAGUGAAAUUGCGUCUAAAUUAUCAUUCCUUCACCUGUGCUUGUUUUUAAAAGUUUCUCUUCAUUUUUUUCUGCUACAUGUUUUGUCACUGUAUUUGUAGAUAAUUCAAGUGCACAUUACACAAACACAUUUAAACAUGAAAUCAAAGUGAAAACCGUUAGCAGUGGAGUUUCUCCUUGGUUUAAAAUCAUGGGACCUGUCCAGACCAGACCACAGGAUUAAUGUAUAUUUAGAAAUCAGGCAGUGCCAGUGUGGAUAGUUUGGACUUGCAGCUCAAAGCAAGUCUAUAUGUGGUUGUGCAAUUAUCAUGAAUGUUGCACAUCAGUUAAGUCGCCAACAAAACUCUGAAUUUAGGGCUUGUUGGCUAACUGUCAUGUCACUGAAAGGUGACAAGAAAACUUCCUCUUUUAAAUUGAGAGAUGCUACUAUUUCCUGUGGUGGACGAUAGUAAACAGAUAGUUUUCCUCCUGUCGUGGACUCUUGACAAAGAAAUGCUUAAACUAAAAUGAUUGUUUUCUAAUCUAUAUUACUCUUUCCAAAUCUGCAUGACGUUAAAUCAGUUCUCAGUAAUGUGAUUUGUUUUUUAGAUUGACAUUUUUGCUAAUUUUAUAUAAAUCCAAAAGUUAAGUCUAUGUAUAAACUGAGUAAUAUUUUGUUGUGUUGGUACAACUUUGGAUUAAAUGUAAAAGCUGCCAGUUCUUAAGUCAGCUGCAUGAUGGGAUAUGAGAUCACAUCAGAUUUGGCGUCCUAAAUGAAAUCCUGCUUUGGAUUACUGAUACAUUUGUUGUAAAUGGGGGAAAAAAAAAAAUUGCUGAUUACAAUCCAGACAAACCGAAUAUUGCUUUAACCAGAGAACAUGUGUCAUUAUUACAGGAUUUGGUGACAGUUCAGUUGUUUAAUAGCGAAUAAGCACUUUUCACCUGACCUGUGAAUCACAACUGCCUCCUCACAUAAACAGUAAUGCAGAUAAUUUGGAUGACAAAUUAAAGGGAAAACCAUCAUUAGGUCUUUUAGUAAGAUGUCGGGCCACCAUGAGCUGCCAGAGCAGCUUCAGUGCGCCUUGUCAUAGAUGAGCAGUCUGGGGCUGCAAAGGCCAUACCAUAAGAGUCACAAAAUUUCCACACCUAUCAAACCAUCCAGUGGCCAUUUGUUUUGUGUCUUCCCUCAUUUCCAAAGGUUUUUCCCUUUAAUUUGACAUAUCUCUGGAUCACAAUUUUCUCUACACAAUCAUUGUGGGAUGAAUCAAAAUUGCAUGUUCACGUUCUCUCCAUCUGGAAAGACUAUGCUAUGGGAAUAAUUUUUGUUCUUUUUGCACAUUCUUUAUAUACUGUAAACAGCACCAAUCUUAUUUUAUGUAGUGAGGCGUCCACUGAAAAGUUAAUAAACUGGAGAAUAAGAA